AUGGAAGGAGAGACGAGUGGAAUUACCCCUGUCUCCAUGAUCUACGACCCCGUACCUGGAUAUUCCACCGGAAAUCCGCACCACCUCAGAAUAACCAUCUGCCAUUCUGGGUAUAGCGACACUACAGAUGCUAGUCAUUGCUUUGUGGAUACCAACAGUGAGGAAGGAUUGGUGACAUACCGUGUUGAUCAGGCUAAGAUAAAGGCUGUUAUCUGGACUGUGAGUUUUGAGUUAAGUUAUGGAGACAAUAAGGACAUCUAUUACCAGAGACGCGGAGUCGUGUCUGUGAGAAAGUACAGCGAAAUAAGAGUCACCGGCAUUGACAAAGAAGAAUUAAACGAUAGGAUCCGAUUGAUUUGGAGUUCUUUGGGAAUGGAAGAUAACGAAAAGCCUCUUUAUGCCGUCAGCAUUUGGACCCUUGAAAAUGGCCAUCAGUUAACGCAACAAGAACAUACCUAUACGAACAGCUAUGAGCUGGAAAUUAAAAAGAGACCAUGGAAGUUCCAAGUAGACGUUCUGCCCGUGUUGAGCGAUUACACUGGAACCAGCCUCAAUUUAACGAUCGAUCUGCCAGAAAAAGUACCGAACAUUGCUCCAACGGAUAUUGAAGUUUUUCCCGAACAUCAUGAUAAAGUGCGUAUUGAUUUCGUGCCGAUUCCUAAUAUCCACCUUUUUGGGAGAGAUCUUGGUUGUAAGGUUGAAAUUUGUGAAAAACAAGAGACGUCACCCACAUGCUUAGUUAAAAUUGCUCCGCCGCGAGCGAGAUCAGCAGAAUUCAACGAUUUGAAAGCAAGUAAAAUCUACUACGUAGGGGUAGCGUGUACCACUGGUGCUGGAAUAGAAGUAGCAUGGAUUGCAUUCAAAAAUGUAGCGGAAAGAACUACAACAACUACAACGAAGAAACUAAAAACAUCGACAGCUCCUUCUAUGGUCAACGAGGAAUCAACUGGAGUCAAGGUGUUCAAGAUUUCACCAGGAUACAAAUUUGAUCUAAGCUGUUACAUUUAUGCCGUGAAUGUUACGCUUCAAAAUGGCAAACACAUCUAUGAGAGGACGGAAGAGAAGUGUUAUAAUUUGCAUUCGCCUAGUUUUUUGAUGAUUUACUUCAUCGUCUUGUUUGCCGUGAUAAUUGUUGUUGCCUGUGUGCUUGCUUCUAAGAAAAAAAGAAGAAGGGUGAGCGGGACUACUGGUGGGAAGAAAGGGAGCGCUGAAACUAAGACAGAUGUCCUAAGUGGAGAUAUGAAAACGGGCACGCUUCGGACAGAGAAGAAGAACCUCGACGCAAGACGAUAG